AUGUCUCCGACUGCAACGACCAAGAACAACGACGCUCCGUCGAGCAGCUUCACCUUUGACCCGUUCGAGGAUGCGCCGGGCUUCAAGUACGCCGGCAGCGUCAAGGCCGUCUACCCGCUCGCGCCAAAGUCCAAGGUCCCGCCGUCGAUCCGAAAGCCAAACUACGCACGGGAAGGGGUAAGGAUGUGGUUGCAGUUUUGGUGGCAGCUCCUCGAGUCCCGCAACAUCCGUGUCAACCCGCCAGCGGAUCAGGAUGGCGUAAGGAAGGCUGCCAUUCUGGCGCGCGAGGUGCUCGACAUCGCCGCGUCUCAUAUCCGGCCCGGAAUCACCACCGACGAGAUAGACAAGGUUGUGUUUGCAGAGGCCAUCAAGCGCGACUGCUACCCUAGCCCGCUGGGCUAUCACGGCUACCCCAAGAGCGUCUGCACCUCCGUCAACGAAAUCAUCUGCCACGGCAUCCCGGACAAGCGCCCGCUCGAGGACGGCGACAUCAUCAACCUCGACGUCACUCUCUUCCACCACGGCUUCCACGGCGACCUCAACGGCACCUACCCCGUCGGCGAAAAGGCCAAGGCGGACGAGGCGUCGAUGAAGCUCAUCAAGGUGACGCGCGAGUGCCUCGACGCCGCCAUCGCCAUCUGCGGGCCGGGCGUGCCCUACGCCGAGAUCGGCAACGCCAUCCAGCCCGUCGCCGAGGCCUCGGGCCUGUCGGUCGUCAAGCGGUACACGGGCCACGGCAUCGGCCGCGUCUUUCACGGCGCGCCGACCGUCUACCACCACCGCACCAAGAAGGCGUACGGCAUCAUGCAGCCGGGCCACAUCUUUACCAUUGAGCCGAUGAUCAACCAGGGCAACUGGAAGGACCUCAGCUGGCCCGACGACUGGACCGUCUCGACCGUCGACGGGCUGCGCUCGGCGGCAUUCGAGGAGACGCUGCUCAUCACCGAGACGGGCGUCGAGAUCCUCACGGCCCAGGGCGGACCCAAGAGGCUCGACACCACCCAGCGGCGCGAGCAGCUGGCCAGGGACAACGAGGACAAGGCCGAGCGGAAAAAGAGGAGACUCGACGGCGUCGAGGGCGACGGCAGCGCUCCGGCCUCGGGCGCCGCCACGCCCAACCCCGAGGCGGCCAACCCGACCACCCGGGGCGGCUGCACCGCGCCCUCGUCGUAG